AUGUGGCUUGUCUUCCAUCGUCCCCACCCUCGCCCCUCUUGGCCCCUCAGGGCAGCCCUGGGAUUCGGCAGACGCCAUUCCUCACUGAGAUGCCUCCCCAUCCUUCCCUCCUCCAGGCUCUACGUCUCCGCAAAGCCCCCGCUUCGGGGUGACCGCCUCAGACAGGACCCUGAGUCCGGGACUGGGGUAGGAGACCUGCCCGACCCUGUAACAACCCGCGUGCUUCUGCACAGUCGCCUCCCACCAGCGGUGACUGUCGGGUGUUCACCUUCCCGGUGUCCCACUGAGAAGUGGGCUCUUCCUUGGCAGGGGCUUCUUCGUUGCCUCGCUGUGGAUGUCGAGGUGGGGCAGGAGAGUGAGGAGAAAACAGAGAAGAGGGAGGUAGGGCCAGCGAGCGAGAAAAGGGAAGGGAAAUUUAGAUGGGAAAUGGAUGGGUCUGAGGAAUUUGAACAAACACUGACAAUGAAGGAGAGUGACCUGAGCAAGUAGUAGUGGGGUAAAUGGAAAUAGACAAAAUGGGAAUCAGCAGAGAUGUAGAGGACAGAAUACAAUGAGGAGGCCUUGACCGUCAGUAGCAGAGGGGGCAACAGAAGCCUAAUUCCCAAAUUCCUUAGAUGGUUUUCUGAUUUCCAAAUUAGUUUCCCUUUUAAAUUUAUUGUGCCAGGUUCAGCUUAUGAGGCCUCAGUACUUUUCAGUCUUAAUUGUAUAUUGAAAAUACUUUUUGUUUAGUAAAUACUUUUUACAUUAAUUCAGUGUGCACUUCGUAAGGAUAUUGAUGAUUUGAGUUAGUUUAGUAUUCAACAGCUUCCUCUAUUCCUUUAUAUGAUCUCUGUAUUUAAUGGCUGUGGCAUAAAGUUUCCAACUAAGUAUAAGUAUCAAGUUUUCUUUGUGCUGUUUUCUGCAAAUAUUGAAGGAUGGCCUGGAUUGUCCUAGAACUUUGUUCCAACAGAUCCAUAUGUUCAUAAUGAAUAAAUUGCUCAAAGAUAUUUCCAAAGCUCACCUUUUAUGUUUUUCAGUUCCAAUAAUUACAUCUUUUUAAGGUAUAUAUUUUUCAAUAAUUUAUUGUGAUGUUCUGGAGAAGACAAAUGGUUUUAAUCAAUAUGAUUAAAACCGUGAAAGACAAAUCGCUGUUACUUAAGAGUGUGACAUAUGAUCUGAAAUCUUUAGGGGGCAGCGAUGUUAAGGGGAAGCUGCCGCUAUCGCAUCAAGAUCAUGUCAUUCCUGUGAAGCUGGUGCUGGUUACUCUCUACUGGCUUCUCUUCACCUUUCCACCGGCCCCAAGACACACACAUAGUGACACAAGGCAUUGGAUAGGGAAAGAGCAAGACUUUAUAAAGUAAGCACAGAACAAAGGUGUCUUUCUAAUGAGGAAGAGGUGUUGGUUCCGGGAAGGAAGCUUGGAGGAGAAAGGGCAAUGGGAUUUGGGUAUGCCUGAUCCAAAAGUGAGAGAGAGCCUGAGAAGCUCAGGAACCAGAGACAGAAAAAGCCUUGCCCAUUCUCACCCAUGACCUUGUGCUUAGCAGGUACUAGCAGAGACUUCAGGCUCUGUGACUAAAAGGGGUCAGACCAGUUCAUAUACCCACAGCUGCCAUGUAAGGAUGUGUGUGGACUUCACUAGGAAAGAACGGUGUUAUGAAGGAAGGGGCAGAAAAACUUACCUGUUGGUCUCCAUGUAGAGGUUUAUUAUCCUGAAUUCCUGGAGGUUCAGUGAAAAGCAGAAGAUUGUCUUUUACACAUGUUGAGUUAUACCCCCAUAUAUGUGGUUGUGGUACAGAAAGAGGGUGUGUUGAUGGGAAGUCCUGAAACGCAUGUUCCUAAUACUCAGCAGGGACUUCUCAAGACGGAUCUUGCCUAAGAAAGAAGCUCAGAGAACAAAAAUGGAGAACGAUUAGAUAUGGCACUUUCACUAGAAAAAGUCAUAUUAUUCAUUGAUUGUUUUGUCAUCUCCCUCCUUAAAUGUUGUUUUUAGGAUGUAGUAAUCUCUGACCCUGCCUAACACAUUUCCUAACUCACCCAUAGCCUUCCCUUAACGUCCUCCCAUCUUCACACUAUCACACUGUGACCCAGUGAAUUCGAACUUGUGAAGUUCCAUUCGGAGGAUCAUAUGGGAAGGGCUUCACACCCAGACAUAUAUUAUAGAUGAGAAGUGGGCCACAUGGUGUCAGUGAGGCAAGUAUGGAUCCUUUAGGGAUGAUGCACUGUCAGAUCUCUGUUGACCAUGAUUAGAGAAACUGUGCAUAUUAGUAGUGAAUUAAUGUCAGGAAUACCUGACAAAUUCUGGAAAAGAAGAUUGAUGAGAGGAAAUGUGUUCUGCCCAAUUGUAUAAUGCAUUUGAAGCUUAAAACAAUGAAUCAGUAUUGAUCUGGCUGCAAAAUAUUAAUGCUCUGAAUUAGAAAGAAAAGUUUAGAAAAUGAUAGCUUUGACAAAUUAAGGUAGCAUUUCAUCCACACGAUGGAGUGUGUUUUAUUCAGUAAUUGCUUUAAAAAUGGAAUCAACCUAAGUGUCUAACAGGAGGGAGUUUUAUAAAUUGUUCACAGAACAUCUGUUCCAAGGAGACCUUGAUGUUCAUAGAUUUGUAAAGAAUGCGGCUUACUAGCACACUGACUCCUCUGCAAAUGUCUGAGGGUUCCUCCACUUGGGGUAAGUUGGGGGUUUGAUUGCAAAGUAAAUAAAUGGUGCAUUUUAUAAUGUAAUAUAUUCUAGCAAGAUGCAGCCCACAAACUGUGUAGAUACUCUUCUCUACCACGUUAAGUUCAUCUACUACUUUAACCAGAACUUGACUGUAUGUAUUUUUUUUUAGAUUUGGAUAAAAUGACAACUCAUUGUUAUUUCCAGUUCACAAAGUAAUUGUGAGGCCGAAUAAAUUUUAUUAUUUUAUAGACAUAUGUAAAAUGAAUUUUUCUGCGUAACUCAUUUUUGAUGUAUGUUAGAUGCUAUUUUAUAUUCUGUAGUUUAAUUAUAUAUACACACACACAAACACACACUUCGAUGUCUUAUUAUGUUUCUGCAGUGAAACCAAAAUCCUUCCUUCAUGCCCUUUGAUUCUAUGUUUUCCUCAGGAAGGCAGGACCUAUUAUUGUAUAUGAUAAAAUAUUAUGUUUUAUUCAGUCCGCUUAUGAAAUUGUUUAAUAUUGUUAUAAAUAUUUAUAUGACUUAUUUUAAAUUUCCAAAUAACAUAGGUUACAUGAAAUUUGACAACUUUAUUUUUUUCUUUUCACAACUAUUUUGACUGUAUCCUCACCAAAAAUCAAAAUUUAGACAAAAUUGACUUUUAGACUAAUUAUCAUUUUUUACAUGUAAAAGACCGUAUGUGACUUUUAAGUCUAGGUUGCCCUGAGUCUACAGUCACUGAGGUUUUAUGUCACUAUGUCCUCCAAUCUAAUAAUAUGAUUUUCAGGCUUUAUUCAUGUCAUUUUUAUAUCCUCAUUAAGUUAUAAAAUUUCUUUACACGGGUCUACAAAUUUAUUUCAAAUCGUAGGCAUAAUAUUUUGCUGUUGUAAAUAGACACUGAUUUUGUGUGUUUGCUUUUUUUAAGGACUAAUGUUACUAAACAGGAAAUACUGAUUUCAGAAUAUUCAGAAUAGUUUUGCCCACUUUUUAAAUGUUCUUAUUAGUAUUGAUAAUUAGAAUUGAUUCUACUUUUUGAAGUUUACAGUUUCAUCAUCUGAGAAUAACUACAGUUGCAGCUCUUUGACUCCACUUUUGUAGUCCCUCUCCUUUUCCCUCUUGUUUUGGUCCCACCUCAGGCAUCAUGUGCAGUGGUGAAUGGCAUCAGCCCCACCCAGCCUCCUUUUUCCAGGCUUACCUUUAGUGGAAAUGGUCCUUUUGUUAACUGCUGAAUAUAUUGUUGAGAUUUUUUUGAUUAAGAAGAAUUAGUCCCCACAAUUUGAUACUAUCUUUGAAGAUUUUAAAUUAUUUUUAAAGAUUUAAAUUAUUUGAAAAUGUUUUUUCAAAGGUCUAUUAAUGUGAUUUUUUUAAUUUUUAAAAUUACUAUGUGAAAGUAAUAGGCUUUCUAGUAUGGCAUUAUCCUUUCAUUAUUGCAAUAAACUCCACUUUACCAUGCUCUGUCAUUAUUUAACCUUACCAGUGAUAGCCAGGUGACGAAAAUAAAUAGCCAAAUGGCUAAAAUUGUAUUAAUGAUUUUUGCAAAUGUAAGUAAUGAAAAUUGUUGGUUAAAUUUGUACUUACUGUUACAUUCAUGUUCAUUUUGAGUAGCAUAAUAAACUAAUGAGGACAGGCUUAUUUUUCUCCUUCAAAAUAAUUUACGUUACAAAGGAACUAGAAGUGAUUUGACGUGAGAACUCUCACAAAUCACUUUUACAGUUAAACUCUGAUAUAUAACUUAAAUAUUAAAAUUGGCUAACAGAUUUUUGUGCUGAUUAAUUAAGGAAAGUUUUUACUCUAUUUUCGUGGAAAGUAAUCACUAUAUCAUACAUAUUCAUGUUAGAAUAUAAUUAUUCCCAUUUCUUAGAUUUUAAAUUACUACUUUUAAAUAAAUACAGUCUCUUUUAUUUACCUGUGUUUUUUCUUUCCACCUUGGGUCUUUUCAGUUUCAUGAUUUUGCUCUCAAAACUGUUUAAUUAUUGAUUUCUGUCCAAUCUGUCCGUUCAUUACAUUAUUUUAUUAUUUAUUAAAUUAUUCUAUCUUUUUAAGUCUUAUUAAUAUGUACUGAAUUUGUAACAAUUUGGAAAGUCAAGUAACUCUUCUUUUAUUUUUAUUUUUCUUGGUUUAUGAGUGUUUUUAAAGUUUUACGUUUCUUGAAGUUGACAGCUGUAGCCCCGAUUCCAUGGUUCUGGCUACUUAAAUUUAUCGUACUUAUUAAUAUCAUGAAUGUAAUUGGAAUACCCCUUUGAUUUUACUGGUAACAUAUACCCACUAGUGUACUGAGAUGUAAAAAAGUCUUUAGAACUCAGAUAAAUAUACAGUUUAUAUUUACUAUUUA